AUGGCCGACUCACAGCAUCAUCGCCUCUGUCUCCUCAUCUGUGUCUGCACAGCGUUACUCCUCCUGCUCUUCAGCCAAGCGUUAAGAGACAGACGGCAGGAGGACAGACACAGAAGAGACGUCCUCCUGGACUCCACAGAAAUCCCAGCAGAGCACAUCGACCCCGCUGCCAUCGACCUCACUCCCCUGGUCAAUACUUUAAUAAAUACGAGCCAAUCGGGCUCCCGGCAGCUCUUCUCCCUCCUCAGUGUGACGUCCUACAGCUCUCUGGCUCUCCAUAAACUCACCCUGCUGGUCUACAACAUUUCCAGCAUUAAAAGUGUGGAAAGCAACAAGUUCAGGAGAAGAUUCUGCUACUGUGUCACCAACGAGACCAACGACCUCACAGACUUCACGGCCAUACUGUUGGACGUGAUGGGAAACUCGUCGAGUUACCUUCACGAGCUCUUUAAAUCUGCCUCCAUAUUAUCAGUGAGCCAGAGAAACAACUCGGACUGUAUCUACAUCUGUGUGAUGGCAGGUAAGAUGGGCAGAGAGGUGCCGGAGCUCUGGGAGGUCGGCUCCAUCACGCCGCUCUUCAACCAGACCAUCGUGGAAGGACCACACAGAGUAGGUAACGUCUCCUCCUUCAGACUCCCUGUCGAAUGGCACCAACUGCCCACCAAUCUGAGUCACAUCUCUCCAUCUGGGAUGAGCUCCAUGUUAACCAGCCGAGUCGUUUCUACUGCACAUGUUUCCCCAGCAACUACCGAUGACACAGCUGCUACAACAGCGAGGAUGACCACCUCCCAGCCGCUGUCAACAGCUCGUCAACCUGCAGCCAUCGCGCCUCAAAGUCAAACCACAGCGGACGAACCAGAGACGACACAACGAGGGACGACAGGAGCAGUGAUGACGGCUCAGACCACAGCUACAGAGAGAGGAACAACUCUACAACCAAUCACGUCCACGCAACCAACCACCACCCUGCAGGUCACCACUGAUUCUGUCGCAACAGCUGCAGCUCCAACCACAAUAAGACCACACACAACCCAACUGGCCACAGCGUCCACCAAACCUACAACUUUCUUACCAAUCAUUAGUCUGACCCAAUUAAUCACAGCUACACAGCAGCCGACUGUCCGUCCCACAGCAGGAUCAACCAUGGAUCGAAGGACUACAGGGCUCCUAAGCAGGAGAACUACAACACCCAGCAAGUCUGUGGAAACAGAAAAACCAGGUUGUCCGUGGAGGAGGCCCGAGCUGACCGAUGCCUUGCUCCCCGGCAGCAGCAGCAGCAGCAGCAGCACGACGACCGUCGGCGCUCACAAGCUGCAGCCCUGCGUCCUCGAGCUCUGCAAGUUCUUCUCUCAGUGCCUCUGCAGACCCUUCGGCCACAAGACGCGCAUGAAAAGAUACUGUGACGACAGCCACCUCUGGUAUGAGAAACACACGUCUGAGGUGUGUCGGCGGGUCAGGAGAGUCUCCUUCUCCAGAAAUCUGAAACAGAGAUGCCUGACAAAGAUGUGCAAUAAACUGUGA